AUGCGAGUUUCUCUUCUUGUUGCCGCGCUGCCCCUUGUCAGUGCUAGCUCUCGAGGUCCGCCGGCCGAACGCACUAAAAUUGAUCCAAAUCGGCGCACACCAGCUGACCUGAAUUUGAACGGAAAAGAUUAUGAUGACAGCUGGCAGGGAUUAGAUAGUCAUCCCAGCUGGCAGGGAAAAGAUCACGAUCCGAGUUGGGACGGACCACCUCCGAACCCAGCAUGGGAUGGGCCCCGCCAGAAACCAAGCAAGGCCACCAGUGCAUUGGACAAGACCAGCCAGCCCGUGGCUACACAUGUCCAGCCUACUGUCUCUGCUCCAGCAACCGCCAGUCAUCAGCCUGAAGGUACUAAUCUACCUGAUAAUUCUACUGACGACGAGGACCUUUGUAUUCUUGACGAUGAUACACCACAGCAGAAACCAAGCAGCACCACUAGUGCAUUGGACAAGCCCAGCCAGCCCAUGGCUACGCAAAUAGAGCCUGCCGUCUCUGCUGCAGCAACCGCCACCCCCAGUUUUGGAGUUCCUCCUGUUUCAUUCAUCACGUCCACACGUGCACCCAUCCCAUCAGCUACCGAGGUCCCGUCUGAUAGCAACGAUCCUCCCUAUAUGGCAACUAUCAACAAGUGGCUUAGCAAUCUGAAAUUACGGACACUCGAAUACGAUCCUCGUCUGGCAAAAAAUGCUCUUAGAUGCAGUACGAAUAGUAAUGGAAUCCUUGAUCACAUAACGUACCCUGGCACCUUGGGACAGGUCAUGGCACCGGGCAAGGAGGAAGAGUUCGACAAGGUGUUUGUGGGUGGCUGGCUUGCCGAGCGAGAAGACCUUUUUCAAAACAAAACAGUAUGGAAAAACUUCACAAAAGGGUGGAGUUAUCUUGACGAAUAUGGACGUCCGCAGACUGGACAUGCGGACAUUCUUGCCGAUCAAGCCAAACUGGAAGACGGAACACCGCUUAAAUUCACCAAGAUUGGAUGCGGCUGGGCAGGAAACGAGAUGUGGACCAUGUGGACAUGUGAUCUAUCUUAG